AUGUUUGAUCAAGUAGAUGACGCGUCACGACGCGAAAAGUGCUUCACUACGAUCUCUCAAUUGCCAGUAUUCGUCGACCCAAAGCAGAUCCCAAGCAAGAGAUCGCCCUUUUCCACAAUCCAAAACCAUGCAUUUGUACAUUCGAUCGAGGUCAUCUUGCCAAAGGAUGCUUACUCACAGAUCAAACCGUCACUCGAGGCCAAAUUAGAAAAACCGCGAUAUGCACGGGUUUUCAUGACCCCUUCUUCCCUACUUGAGCAUGAAUUUUUCAACACAUACAUCAAGUCAGGGAAUAUUCUAAUGAUUUCAGAAGGACGCUCUGGAUCAGACAAUGUCUUCACCCUUCGAGAUGGAAUCCUUCGGAUGGAGCUAGGGAAAGAGAUAUAUGAGCGGACAGGUCUCACUGGCAAAGUCUUCCGCAGUGGGGGGAGAAAACAUGCAAAAGAAAGAUAUUUGGUGGAGUUAAACUUGCGGCUGCCCUCGAUGCUACAUGGCAAGAAAGGCUUUGAAAGAAUAGUUUGGGCCUUUGCCAAUGUUCUGACUCAAUCCAUGGCAUGGCUCUUCCACGACCUAGAAGAUACCCUUGGGUUAGAUGAAGGGAGCAAGCCGAUCCAGAAGCUUCAUCCGCAGUUUUUGACGUGCGGAUUACAAGAAAUUGAUCACGAGCAAACACUCAAACCUUCACUACAUGGGAAAGCCUUUGAAGAGAUGCCAGAAAGUGACCUACAAGAACAUUGUGGCUACUUGAUGGAAUGGCUUGCCAUGGUUCAGAUGAACUCUCCCCGGGUUUCUUGGGAAGAUGACGUUGAUCCAUACUUGAGUCGAUAUGCGGUUCCAGAUGCAGAGGACAGGACCGACCUUAUAAGCUUGAAAUGGCACGGUAUGAUGUCGUCCAGCUGGGUCAUGAACUUGUUUACUCUAAUGCAAAAUUCAAGGGAUAGUAACCUAUGGUUUACGAUUUCCGCAUGUACAUUGGGAAAAGAAGCAGUUGAAGGAAGGGACGGAUAUACGGUUAUGGUCCUUCCCAAUGAACAAGAAAAAACAAGCCAUGUAACUACAUGUAUCUGCUGGGAAAUGAUGGGAGCCUCUGUGGUUGAACCCUAA